GGCGGGUCCUCCCGCGCUCAGGAUGGCGCGAGCUGAGUAGCGGCUCGGAGGAAGCUCUCUGGAAGCUGUGGCCGGCCGACCCGCUUCCGCGCCCUCCCGCGACCCCAUUGCGACCGCGCUGGCACCGAGGGCGGCCGGUGACGCGGAGGCGGCACGUGUGCCACGCCCGUCUGCGGCCGCGCUAGGGUACCGGGCCUGGCUCGCCCGCUGGCCGGCGUCGCCCGCGGUUGCCACCUGUGGAGGGCGCGGCUGCCCUGCGGGUCCGCGGGCCAGCGGAGGGGGCUCGGCGACAUGAGUCCCGCGCUGCAGGACCCGCUGCAACCCGGAGGUAUGAAGAAAACACUUCAGGAUGAGAUUGAAGCCAUUCUGAGGAAGAGGAUUAUGGUGCUUGAUGGCGGAAUGGGGACCAUGAUCCAGCGGUACAAGCUAAGUGAAGAAAAGUUCCAAGGUCAAGAAUUUAAAGACCAUGCCAAACCACUGAAAGGCAACAAUGAUAUUUUAAGUAUAACUCAACCUGAUAUCAUUUACCAAAUCCAUAAGGAAUACUUGGUGGCUGGAGCAGAUAUCAUCGAAACAAAUACUUUUAGUAGCACUAGUAUUGCCCAGGCUGACUAUGGCCUUGAACACUUGGCUUACCGGAUGAACAAGUGCUCUGCAGGUGUGGCCAGAAAAGCUGCUGAAGAGAUAACUCGACAGACAGGAAUCAAGAGGUUUGUUGCAGGAGCUCUGGGCCCAACUAAUAAGACACUCUCUGUGUCUCCAUCUGUGGAAAGACCAGAUUUUAGGAACAUCACGUUUGAUGAGCUUGUUGAAGCAUACCAAGAGCAGGCCAGAGGACUUCUGGAUGGUGGAGUUGAUAUCUUACUCAUUGAAACUAUUUUUGAUACUGCUAAUGCCAAGGCAGCCUUGUUUGCACUCCAGAAACUUUUUGAAGAGAAUUAUGCUCCCCGGCCUAUCUUUAUUUCAGGGACAAUUGUUGAUAAAAGUGGACGGACUCUUUCUGGACAGACCGGAGAGGCAUUUGUCAUCAGUGUGUCUCAUGCAGACCCACUCUGCAUUGGAUUAAAUUGUGCUCUGGGUGCAGCUGAAAUGAGACCUUUUAUUGAAACCAUUGGAAAAUGUACGACAGCAUAUGUUCUCUGUUAUCCCAAUGCAGGUCUUCCCAACACUUUUGGUGACUAUGAUGAAACACCUUCCAUGAUGGCCAUGCACCUCAAGGACUUUGCAGUGGAUGGCUUGGUCAAUAUUGUUGGCGGAUGCUGUGGUUCAACACCAGAUCAUAUCAGCUCCAGGUUCAUGCCUCUGAGAAUAGAAACAGCACAGCCAGUUCAUAGCCAGCUGGAUAGGCACAUAGAAGUGAAGGGUCACAGAUUAAUUUUCUGUGGACUGAGAGAACUAAAGGACAUAAUUGCUGCUACACAUUGGAAGGAAAUUGCUGAAGCUGUGAAAAAUUGCAAGCCUAGAGUUCCACCUGCCACUGUUUUUGAAGGACAUAUGUUACUAUCUGGUCUAGAGCCCUUCAGGAUUGGACCAUACACCAACUUUGUUAACAUUGGAGAGCGCUGUAACGUGGCAGGAUCCAGGAAGUUUGCUAAACUCAUCAUGGCAGGAAACUAUGAAGAAGCCCUGAGUAUUGCCAAAUUGCAAGUGGAAAUGGGAGCCCAGGUGCUGGAUAUCAACAUGGAUGAUGGCAUGCUAGAUGGUCCGAGUGCAAUGACUAGAUUUUGCAACUUGAUCGCUUCUGAGCCCGACAUUGCCAAGGUGCCCUUGUGCAUUGACUCUUCCAAUUUUGCUGUGAUUGAAGCUGGUUUAAAGUGCUGCCAGGGGAAGUGCAUCGUCAACAGCAUUAGUUUGAAGGAGGGAGAGGAGGACUUCUUGGAGAAGGCCAGGAAGAUUAAGAAGUUUGGAGCUGCUGUGGUGAUUAUGGCUUUUGAUGAAGAAGGACAGGCGACAGAAACAGAUGUCAAAAUCAGUAUAUGCACUCGAGCCUACCAUUUACUUGUGAAAAAACUGGGCUUUAAUCCAAAUGACAUCAUCUUUGACCCCAACAUCCUCACCAUUGGUACUGGAAUGGAAGAACAUAACUUGUAUGCUAUAAAUUUUAUCCAUGCAACUAGAGUCAUUAAAGAAACUUUACCAGGAGUCAGAAUAAGUGGAGGUCUUUCCAAUUUGUCCUUCUCUUUCCGAGGAAUGGACGCCAUCCGAGAAGCAAUGCAUGGGGUUUUCCUUUACCACGCAAUCAAGUUUGGUAUGGAUAUGGGGAUAGUGAAUGCAGGAAACCUCCCAGUAUAUGAUGAUAUCCACAAGGAACUUCUUCAGCUCUGUGAAGACCUCAUCUGGAAUAAAGACCCUGAAGCCACUGAGAAGCUCUUACAUUAUGCCCAGACUCAUGGCAAAGGAGGGAAGAAGGUCAUUCAGACUGAUGAGUGGAGGAACAGUCCCAUUGAACAACGGCUAGAGUAUGCUCUUGUGAAGGGCAUUGAAAAAUAUAUUAUCCAGGAUACUGAGGAAGCCAGGUUAAAUCAGGAAAAAUAUCCCCGACCUCUGAAUAUAAUCGAAGGACCCCUGAUGAAUGGCAUGAAAGUUGUUGGUGAUCUUUUUGGAGCUGGAAAAAUGUUUCUACCUCAGGUUAUAAAGUCAGCUCGGGUCAUGAAGAAGGCUGUUGGCCACCUUAUCCCCUUUAUGGAAAAAGAAAGAGAAGAAAACAGAGUGCUUAAUUGCACAGUAGAAGAAGAGGACCCUUAUCAAGGCACCAUUGUGCUAGCCACUGUGAAAGGUGAUGUGCACGACAUAGGAAAGAACAUAGUUGGAGUGGUCCUUGGCUGUAAUAAUUUCAGAGUGAUUGAUUUAGGAGUCAUGACUCCCUGCGAUAAGAUACUGAAAGCUGCUCUUGACCACAAAGCAGACAUAAUUGGCCUGUCAGGACUCAUCACUCCUUCCCUAGAUGAAAUGAUUUUUGUUGCCAAGGAAAUGGAGAGGUUAGCUAUAAAGAUUCCAUUGUUGAUUGGAGGAGCAACCACUUCUAGCUUGGAGAAUUCAAGAGGAAAUCACAUUGCUCCAAGAACCCACACAGCAGUUAAAAUAGCUCCAAGAUACAGCGCGCCUGUGAUCCACGUCCUGGAUGCAUCCAAGAGUGUGGUGGUGUGUUCUCAACUAUUAGAUGAAAAUCUAAAAGAUGAAUUCUUUGAAGAAAUCAUGGAAGAAUAUGAAGAUAUUAGACAGGACCAUUAUGAGAAUCUCAAGGAGAGGAAAUACCUACCCUUAAAUCAAGCAAGAAAAAAUGGUUUCCAUAUUGACUGGUUGACAGAACCUCACCCAGUGAAGCCCAUGUUUAUCGGGACCCGGGUCUUUGAAGACUAUGACCUGCAGAAGCUGGUGGACUACAUUGACUGGAAGCCUUUCUUUGAUGUCUGGCAGCUCCGUGGCAAGUACCCGAAUCGAGGCUUUCCCAAGAUAUUUAACGACAAAACAGUAGGUGAAGAGGCCAGAAAGGUGUAUGAUGAUGCCCAGAGUAUGCUGAGUGCACUGAUUGGUCAAAGGAAGCUCCAGGCCAGGGGUGUGGUUGGGUUCUGGCCAGCGCAGAGUGUCCAGGAUGACAUCCACCUGUAUGCAGAGGGUGUGGUGCCUCAGGCUGCGGAGCCCAUAGCCACCUUUCAUGGGUUGAGGCAGCAGGCUGAGAAGGACUCUGCCAGCACAGACUCAUACCAGUGCCUCUCGGACUUCAUUGCUCCUCUGCAUUCUGGGAUCCGGGACUACCUGGGCCUGUUUGCUGUUGCAUGUUUUGGGGUGGAAGAGCUGAGCAAGGCCUAUGAGGACCAGGGCGAUGACUACAGCAGCAUCAUGGUCAAGGCGCUGGGGGAUCGGCUGGCAGAGGCCUUUGCAGAGGAGCUGCAUGAGAGGGUUCGCAGAGAAUUCUGGGCCUACUGCAGCAGUGAGCAGCUGAGCGUCCCGGACCUGCGCAAGCUCCGGUAUGAGGGGAUCCGGCCAGCUCCCGGCUAUCCCAGCCAGCCUGACCACACUGAGAAGCUCACCAUGUGGAGACUGGCUGACAUCGAGCAGUGCACAGGUGUGUGUGGAAGGGAAUUUGCUAGACCCUUCUGGUCACAGCUUUCUUGCUGGGCCAUGUGUCUACCUAGAAGGCAUCAGGUUGACAGAGUCUUUGGCAAUGGCACCCGCUUCUGCAGUAUCAGGCCUCUACUUCUCCAAUCUGCAGUCCAAAUAUUUUGCUGUGGGGAAAAUUUCCAAGGAUCAGGUUGAAGAUUAUGCUCUGAGGAAGAACAUGACUGUGGCUGACGUAGAGAAAUGGCUUGGACCCAUCUUGGGAUAUGAUACAGACUAACUUUUCCUCCUCCCCGCCCUCCUCCUCUUAACCUUCUGUGUACUUGCUCACCUCAAAGAGAGAUAAUCCAAAGUGCCUUAAAAACAACAAAAAGGCCUGAGUGCAUCUGGUCAGCACAGCCCUGCUUCUAGCUUUGGAAACUAUCCUGGAGCUGCUAUGGAGGAACAGGGCUUCUGGGGACUUCUGGAAGACAUCGCUGUUUUUAGGUACCUUGAAUGAGUAGCAGUGAGGUUCCGUAACUCUCAUGGUGUCCCUGGUACCUGGGGACUGGACAAGCUGGAAACAGAUCUUUUGCAUUUCAAAGCAAGUCAGCCUGCUUCUUCUCCAUUUUACCUUGGAUCUAGGAGGGAACUUACUCCUCCUAGAAAAUAAGCCUGCAACCUGGUUGGAAUAGAGAAAUAGAGAAAUGUAACCCUGGGGCAGAGUGCCACUGUGAGAAAUGGGGUGUUUAAUCUAAAUGGUCCCAACAGCAGACUCUGACAGGAAAGAGAGUAUCUCUGCUCUCUUGGAAAGACUUCAUUUUCUAAGGCUCAGCUAAAUGGCUGCAGAACUCCUUUUGGCUAAGGCAUCUCACUGCUCGCAUGUCAGAAAUAUUGAGCUGUUUGCCCUGGUGUGCUGAGUGCAGUCACGCUCUCCAAGUUUUUUUUGUGUGUGUGCUCCCAUAAUUUCCUAAUCCCUUCCCUGAGGGGGGAUAAAAGGAAGUGGAGAAGGAGUGGCAGUUAAGGGUGGUUCAUGUCUUUUAAAUGUCUUCGGAAUUGAGCAGAUUCUUAGCUCAGCUGCAGUGACCUUUGCAGAGUUGGACUGUGGACAGUCUGAUGUCAUUCAAUUCUUCUUUUUCUAUACUGAUCUAACUCGAAACUCAUACAGUUUAGAAAUAGCAUAUUGACUUGUUCUGGGCCAUUUUAGGGGAAAUGGUAAGCUCAUGGACUUCGAAGUCAGAUAUACAUGGACUCAGAUUUCAGCUUUGGCUACUUAAUAGCUGUGUGAUAUAAGUAAAUUACUUAGACUUUCCAAUAUGCUUUCUCAUCUGUAAAGUGAGAAUAAAGAGUGGUUUUUGUCUCAUUGAUAUGAGAUGCAGACUAAAGGACAUGAUGCAUGUGGGACAAUUCACAUGGCAUCUGGCACACAGCAAGUUCUUAAUAAAUGGUAGCUUCUGUGGAGUUCUGUAGGUAGCCCCCAGACUCAUCAUGUAGCAGGUGCUCCUGAAAAGAGAACAAGAGGUUAACAGAGGGCAAAAGAAUGGGGAAAUUUUGCAUCGUAAUGACUGGACUGAACUGCUAGAUCAGGGGUUCAGACCUCAUUUGACUGGGAAAGAGAAUCUGCCUCCUAUGUUAUGUGCUCCAUUGGGACUCACUCACUGUGAGCCAAACAUCCUCACUUAUCUCACUGCAUAUCAGCUGGCCAUGCCCCUAAAGCAGUGGUAUGUUGAGGUUUGUUGGAGGUGAAAGGGAGAAAAUAAGAAGACUUGGGAAAUAAUUCUGCGUAGCAGCCAUAGCAUGUAUGUGUUUAUUGGAGAGCAGCAUGCAUUUCCAGUAUCGCUUAUCCCCAAAGUGAAGGUGAUUGUGUACUUUCUUUAGGUACACUUAACUUGUUUCAGAUUGAGAAUAGCACUUGGUGUCCUGAGCCACUUAGUUGGAGAACUUACUUCCUGUUCCAUAGCAGGUAUAUUAUUUAGGCUUUGGGACAUUCUUCUACAGGAAAAAGAAACCUCCUUCAAAUAUCUUAAUAUAUUUUAUUUGAAUAGUUA